AUGACGUCUAUGCUUGGUCACGUCCGCAAUGCUGCUACCUCGAGAACCAAAGUCAAGGAUCACCAGUGCAAUGUUGGCUAUCCCAUCACCGUGCACACGAGUGCUACAGCUGUAGAUGUUGGAAAUGUCCGGGAUCCUUUGCCAGUUGGAGCCUGGGCGCUGCACUUUGGGGCUGGCCACCCCUUGAACGGCAGCGGACCAGUGAUACCCGCAUCAGAGCAGUACGCGUCUCCAUACCAGACGACAAGCAGCGUGUCGGUGGGAUCGGUCUCGCGCAGAGCUGAGCUCGUCUCGGCCAUCGAAGCUCUGGUAGCCAUCAAAGACUUUUACGGCGGAGAUGGCGUCCGUGGGGUGUGUGCGCACGUCUACACCGACAGUAUCUAUGUCGCCAAGCUUUGGGGAGAAUGGCUCGAGAUGUGGGAGCGCAACGGUUGGCCUGGCGAAGGUGAAGAGCCCGAACCCACAGUUCCGAUCCAAGAUCGACGGCCCACGGCGCCCGGCUUGAGGGAUAGCGGCAUUGCGAUGAGCAACAGCUCUCACGGUAGUCCAGCCUCGAGAACUUCAAAUCUCCCUUCGGUCGGUGGACCAUCGCGAGCAAGGUCUUACAGUCGCCAGAGUGCGAAAGGUGUCGGCAGUAUCAAGGCGGCAUCGUCCAUCAUGUCUGCCAACUCCGAUGUGAGCAUUUCAAUGAGCUCACCCCAUUUGUUCACUGCGAGAGGCAGGCCUUUUGACGAGGAUCUUAUGCGGGAGCUGGCCGAGCUGAGGGAGUAUUUCGGCGAGCUGCAAAGGUGCGGCAAGGGUGGCUGUUACUUUUACGCUGCCUCUCGCGGGGAGAGUCCUGCCUGGAACCUUUCUAGAGAAUUGGCUAGGCAGUCUGGAGCAGAAGUCUUACGUACCGCGGGGCAAAGCAGAAGGAGAAGGCCAACGAAGGGCAGCAAUGGCGACAAGCCGCCCAGCAUAUUGAGCCAGACAUCUAGAACAAGCCGAACGAGCAGGAGCGCCCCUGUUUCGAGAAGCGGUAUGGUCACCAGCACUUCCUGGAGAUCAGACAGCGGCACCGUUCCCGACGUUCCAGCCAUUCCAAGCAGACACGCGCAGCGCAGCUCUCGAGUCCCCGAUCUACCAGCCUGCGAAGCGUCGCCUACAAUGUCCAUCCAUUCGGAUCCCUCUUCGCAGUCUCCCAAUGCUUCCGUCUCGGCCACCAACUCGUCCGAGGGCAGGAUCACGUCCAGCCACUCUAACACUGGCAUCAGCGCAGCAGCGCCAAUCAGAGGCGCUCUCAAGAACGGAGCGACCCGCAGCUCCGGCGACCUCAGACAGAGCGAGUCCAACGGAUCAAGGCAGGACACCAAGAACAGACAUGUGGCACGAUUCUCAGCAGUGUCGCCUGUGCCAGAGAGUCCCGCUCCUAGAGCCGUCGAUCUUCCGGGGGAGAUGUCUGCGCAACCUUCAGGCUACCAACCCCACAAGAGCGGACCUCGGACUUCUCGGAGGGUUUCGCACUACGCUACCAAAGAAGAAGCUAGCGAGGAGCUGGACCGACACUACGUCCGGAGGACGGACAACAGACUGCCGGCGGCGGCAGAGGCUGCUGGCUGGUCCACCGAGCAGAUAGACAGUGAUGAGAGCGACAUUCGACAUUCGGGACCCGAAUCGCACGAAGCUAGGCAGCUCAAACCCGAACGGCACUUGAAGCCGGAUGAUGUUGCGCAACCUGGGAAUCACGAGAGGCAAACGAUUGCUCAGCUGGAGAGAGAACCAAAGAAGAAGGGCUUCUUGAGUCGGCUCAGAUUCAAGAUCAAGGCGUGA